AUGAAGCGCUCAAUCAGAGACACAGACGGUGGUGCCCAGAAGCCCCCCGCCAAAAGGGCCGCCACCACUAAAAGAGCUGCUCCUGCGAGUAAGAAGACGGCCGCAAAGCCGACAGAGACAGCAGAGCCCGCAGUAACUGCAGGACCUGCGCCGCCUGCAGAGUCCCCUUCGGGCAAUUCGCGUAUUCCCAACACUCGCAGAGUGCCAGUCGGACCCAAUGGCGAGUUUUUCAUCCCGCAGGUGUUCCCCCAGGAGAGCAUCAAGGCCCUCGAUAAGAUGGUCCUGUCAAAGCGGUGGUCGUCCAUUGAUGGCGACCCCGACCACGGGUUUACUCUGAUGAACCGCCGCUGGUGGGAGCUCAAUGGGCCCUGGCUUGAAGCAAACAAAAAGUCCAUUGGCUUGACUGCCAAGCACUGGAAGAUGAGAGAAGAGGCUUUUGCCAAGGGCGAGCCUCGCGCAGACGACGAGGGCGAUGCGCCUGACGAUUUUGUUUGCAUUCAUCCGCCUGCGUUGGAAGCCCGGGACUCGGAAGAAGACGAAUAUGAUGACGAUGACGAGGACGAGGACGAAGAUGAGGAGGAUGACGAGGAUGAUGAUGACGAGCAAAAGGAGGGAGCCAAAGCCAGAAAGGAAAAGGCCAGGGAAGAGCAUGCUGCCAUGCACAAGGUUGUGGGCAAGCUUGCUUCCUUGCAUCCCGAGCAUAAAUGGGUUUCGACGAUGCGUGGCAAUGAGCGACACAAGUGGUGGAUCUCGGAGUUGCUCAAGAGAGACCAGGAUGACUUUGCCAUGCAUGUUUACAAUGACUUUACCUGGUAUGGCACCAUCGAAGUGUUGGAGAACCUUUUUGUCAACUUUGAAAAGGUGCUCAAGCGCAAGACUCAUACCCCGAUGGAGCUGUGGUUUGAGCUUGAAGGGCUCGCCUUGGUCCUCAACAGCGGUUGUGUCGAAUUCCAGAUGUGCGACGAUGCCGACCGCUGUGGCAAGAUUCUCGAGCUCGUCGGCUACAUGACCAUCACCGUCAUCGCCUCCCUUCAGAAGAACGAUCUCUUUGUCCAGGACUCUUCUAUCCCCAACAUCGGCAUCAUGCUCGCCCUUGUCCUGAGCUACGCCCACUCAAUGGGCGCUGAUUACGGCUGGGAAGACCAGAUCGGCUGGACCCCUUACGUCGUCAAGCAAGCCACCAUCGCAAAGAUCACGCUGGCUGGACCGAAGAAGUUUGACGAGACUCUGGAAGGCAUCAAUGAGUUGGGUGCAGGGAAGACUGCUGCGUCGCAGGCCAAGUGGUCCAAGGGGACGUUUCCCAGCAAGCUUGCGGCUUAUGGCAACCGAGGAGGUAAUCAGUUUGACAUUACGACGUUUUCUGCUGCCGAAAGGAGGAAGUACUCCUACGCAUGA